AUGGCCUGGGCCCCUCUCCUCCUCACCCUCCUGGCUCACUGCACAGGAUCCUGGGCCCAGUCUGUGCCAACUCAGCCGGCCUCAGUGUCGGGGGCCCUGGGCCAGACGGUCACCAUCACCUGCAAUGGAGAAAGCGACAAUAUUAGGGGCUACUUUGUAUCCUGGCACCAUCAGCUCCCAGGAAAAGCCCCCAAAUGUGUCAUCUAUCGUGAUAGCUACCGACCAUCAGGAGGCCCAGGCCGAUUCUCUGGCUCCAAGUCUGGCAACUCAGCCACACUGACCAUCACGGGGCUGCAGGCUGAGGAUGAGGCCGAUUAUUACUGCUCAGCAUGGGACAAUACUCUCAAAGCUCCCACAGUGCUGCAGGCCCGUAGGGAAGUGAGACAAAAACCUGCUGUCCCUCUUGAUAUGGGGAUCCCCUAG